AUGGCUAGUACUGCACAGGCUGCUGCUAUUGCUGCUAUGAAUGAGAAUUCUGGAGGACAGGUUCCAUAUCGUGCGAAUAAUGAACACUUGCACCGGGUUGUUCAGUCGGUAACGGAUGCGACAAAGCGAUUAUCGCAGAUUUCCACGGCGUCGUCGACGAACGCGAAUACCAAGACUUCGAAGCGGAAAAACAGAGAUACGGUGGGACCCUGGAAGUUGGGGAAGACUCUGGGGAAAGGGUCUUCUGGAAGGGUCCGGCUGGCGAAGAAUAUGGAGACUGGGAAGCUGUCUGCGAUUAAAAUUGUGCCCAAGAAGUAUGUGCGGUCGAACCAGAGCAAGCAAUUGCCGUAUGGUAUAGAGCGUGAGAUUAUUAUUAUGAAGUUAAUCUCGCAUCCAAAUGUGAUGGGGCUGUAUGAAGUUUGGGAGAAUAAGUCAGAGCUGUAUCUGGUUCUAGAGUACGUGGAAGGUGGAGAGUUAUUUGACUAUCUUGUGUCGAAGGGCAAGCUACCGGAGGAAGAGGCUAUUCAUUAUUUCAAGCAGAUAAUACAAGCAGUGGCUUAUUGUCACGGUUUCAAUAUCUGUCAUCGUGAUUUGAAGCCUGAAAACUUGCUUUUGGACAAGAAGAAAAAAUCUAUCAAGAUUGCGGACUUUGGAAUGGCCGCUUUGGAGACCUCGGACAGGUUGUUGGAAACAUCGUGUGGUUCGCCACAUUAUGCUUCUCCGGAAAUUGUUUUGGGACAAAAGUACCAUGGGUCCCCGAGCGAUGUGUGGUCUUGUGGUAUAAUCUUGUUUGCCCUGCUCACGGGACACUUGCCAUUUAACGACGACAACGUUAAAAAGCUUCUCUUAAAGGUCCAAUCAGGUAAGUACCAGAUGCCCCAGGGACUUUCCGUAGAGGCAAAGGAUUUGAUCUCCAGAAUUCUUGUGGUUGAUCCAAAUAAGAGAAUUACCAUAGACCAGAUCCUACAACAUGAACUUCUCACCAAGUAUGACAGCAAGGCCCGCAGCAAGUCGAAUUCUAAUUUGAACCUUCUAAAAAAUACUCCAAGCAUUAUAAACUUUACCUCGGAACAGGAAAUAGACGGACAAAUAUUAUCCAAUUUGCAAAUCCUAUGGCAUGGCGCACCAAGGAAACACUUGGUCACCAGACUACUCAAAUCGGGUUUCACCGAGGAGAAAAUGUUUUAUUCUCUGUUGUGGAACUAUCAACAAAAGCAACAAAAGGUUGUUCAAAAGGAUUCUACCCCCGUAUCCGUGAUGCAAAACUCAUCUGCUUCUUCUGUAAGCCCAUUGAAAAUCACUACCUCUGUGGAGACAGAUGGCAGCGGCAAUGGUGUCACCACUAAUACCACCUACACUGUAAAACCGGUUACUACAAAGGGUGGAAUGUUACCGGCAUCUAUGACUCCAACGAUCCCUUCAUUCGGCAACCAACAGCAAGCACCAAGGCUGCAGCAAAAAUCGCAGUUCUCGAUCAACUCGCUCAAAAACGCUGGUCAUUCGAAAUCGCCAAAGAAGACAAAACAAGGUUUCAUUGCGUCAAGCUCUUCUUCGAAACUUUUCAAUCCAAAUGUCGGGGCCAGACCUCUAUCGCAAUCUAUCUCAAAGUCUAGCUCUAAAAAAUCGUUGGUUCAAGCCCAGCAUAAUGCAGCUACAACACCAAAGACUAGGACUUUACAUAAUUCAAGCUCGAAAAGGUCAUUGUACUCGCUGCAAUCGAUUUCAAAGCGUUCGGUAAACUUGAAAGAUCUUCUACAGGACGAGUUGAUUAUUCCUCCACUGCCAGAAAUUGAUUCAGCUUCGUCACAGCAUACUUCUACAAAGAUAGCAUCCAUAGUCGAUGGUUAUGGUGGUGAUGAUACGAUGUCGUUACACGGGAAUGACAAAAUUGAAAGUAUUACUAAGCCAGCAUUCCAGCUUCAUAUACACAAUCCUCAAUCAAAUAAGAAUAUUCUGGCACAACCAAAGCUAAAUGAGUCUAGUGAAAACCAAGAUCAAACACCAUCGUCUUCUACGUUAUCUGCUCCUAGUGAAAAGCUAGAACUUAGAACUCCAUUUUCAUCUACCGUACCAUUGAAAGAUGUAACUAAUACAUUUCAUUCUAAAAACACUUAUGUGUCAUCGUUGGACCCAAAACACCGGAAAGCAAAACCUUCUAUUGAAAACCUCUUGAGAAAGGUUGCUGUUCCACAAAGGAUGAAAUCAAAAUCUUCCAUCAGGAAAAUGAGAGAUAGUGGUGAUUGGACAGUCAGCGGGGAAGCGAAGUCUCUCUUUGGUGAUAGCAUGUACGAGAACCAACUGCAAAGGCUGCAAACAAAUCCAAGCAAAAUAACUGCACCGGAAACGGUUAUUAGCACAAGUACUCCUAUGCCAAAUGCCAAAUCAGGACUUCUACGCAUGCCAUCAAUGUCUAUUAAUUCUUCAAUGACGUUUAAGGAUCUAUCACAACUUUUAAUGCAUAUUGAUGAAGAGAACGACAAUGCUGACACUAUGAAUAGUAAAAAUAGGAACAACAGCGAUAAACAUAAUGAUAAUAGCAGUAAUACUAAUAAGCAAGGCCUAGGUAUUAGCAUAAUAAGGCAUAAUUUGAGAAAGGAAUCAUCUUCGAAUGACUUGAUGCAUAGAUUUGAAACAAGUUCCAACUACGAUGAUUACGAGAUCGCGACCUCUACCCAGGCGGCAACGACGGGCGCGGAUAUUGAUAUAUUUGAAGAUGCACCAGGUGAUUCUAAUGAGUCUGUAACAACAUCAGAAUCUGUUAUUGAUCAAUCACAGCCUAAUCUGAAAAAGAAGGCAGCAUCUAUAGACUCCAUCAACACAAGCCAUGUAUUAACCCCAGCAAACGAUGUUAGAGUAAGCUUGUACGUUAAUCAGAUGGAUAAACUAGAAAGUAUGCCAAGAGAAACGACAGAACAGAUCAUCUCGAAGUUCAAGCUCAGUCCGAUCAAAGACUCUAAGCAAAAGCGAUUCUCUUAUACUGAUAGAGACAUGACUCUUUCCGGUUCAAUCAUAUCAAUGUUCAAGGAUCUUGACGGGGACGACAGCCAUGUUGAUUACGAAGAUGGCGGUCUUCUAAGUAAACGCGAAGUUGAUCACCAGAAUCAACUCGAACAAAAAUCAGCUGACUCGAAUUCUAACGCUGUAAAUGAUGCUGUUAAAUCUGGAACCGGCCCUACCACAUUAGAAAACGAUGAAGAAGUACAAGGCAUAACAGGAAAAGACUUACUAGCAAAGGAAAAAAGUAUAGUUAAAGACUCCAAAGCCACGUCUGGAGAUGACAGUGGUAAAAGAGUGACAUUGCUGUUCGACGACCGUAUUUCUGAGUCUGAACGUGUAUUCAAAGCAGCAGCUUCAACUGGGAAGGCAGCCACUAACAAGUCUCAAUCAGGUCUUGAUGAGAGUCAAAAUAUGGGUACUGCUACUGCUAAUUCUACUUCUAAUACCACAAACAAGAGGCGAUCAUAUAUUAAUAAACUUCCAAAAAUCAAAGAGGACGAUGGAAACGGCCAAGAAAUCAGCAGAAAGCAAAGAUCUCCUAACAAUUGGUUCGUUAAGCUUUUACAUCGUUUGAAAACAUCAUCGCCAAAAAGCGCUGUGUACCAACAUAAAAGCGACAAACUGCAAUUUGAUGAAUUACACAUUUUGCUCGUUGCUGAGUUCGGUAAGAAUGGUAUAGACUGUGAACUUAAGAAGCUUGAACGUAAAGGUAACAAAGAGCAUGUGAGUUACAGCUGUAGUUUCGGUCGCAGAAGGAAGUUUUCUGUUUCGAUGGCAUGUAACAACGGAGUAGAAACGGUAGUCAGUUGUGAAGCUCAUGGGAGUAAAUUUGUAAGCGACGCAAAGAGCAUGGAAUUAUUCGAGCACUUUAAUGAAGAGCUUGCAAAUGCAAUCAGCAUCAAAGAAUCCAAGUAG